AUGUUAAAAACUUUGUAUAUCUUGUAUGACCCUGGUAACCCUUUUUCAAAAUGCUGUAUCCAAAUACCCCUGUGUCAACAAAACUCUCAAGCUGAAUAUAAGGUUCAGCUGGAGGAUGAAUAUGAGGUACUACAUGUAAUCCAGGAGGGGUGGCGAGGCCGCCUCCUGCUGGUGGAGCACCGCAGGACCCGACAUGAAGUAGUUCUCAAGGCCACACAUAAGGACGCCACCUCACGCCUCGAGUUCUUUAGGGAGUUCCACUACAACUACUACCUCAGUCCUCACCACAACAUACUCAAUGCUUACGAUGUGGCCUUCGAGGCUGGUGAGUAUUAUGUGUUUGCCCAGGAGUACGCGCCUUUUGGUGACCUUACUACUAACCUCUGUGACAUAGGCCUCGGGGAAAUCAACACUAAGAGGAUCUCGCUACAACUUGCCUCAGCCCUCGAUUUCAUGCACUCCAAGGACCUGGUUCACCGCGACAUGAACAUGGACAACAUUCUCAUCUUCAAGAGUGACUUCAGCCACAUUAAAGUGUGCGACUUCGGCUCAACAAGAAAGAAGGGAACACUACUGAAGAAAAGGACGGUGUGGCUACCUUAUGCCCCCCCAGAGAUUGUCGACGCCGUCCAGAAUGAAGGAUUUCAUGCUGACACCUCACAGGAUGUAUGGCAGCUGGGUGUUCUUGUCUAUGUGCUGCUGACGGGUCAGCUGCCGUGGCAGAAAGCUGACCUAACAGAUCCUAACUAUGCUGACUACAUCAACUGGCGGAAGCGUCGCACACUGAGAACUCCCAAGAGAUUUACCAACUUCACGUCACGUCUCUUGAGAAUGUUCAAGCGCCUGCUGGAGCCCAAGCCUGAGAAACGGGCAUCGGUGCGUGAGGUGUACAAGUACAUGGAUGAUAAGUGGCUCCUCAAGCUGCCCAGACGUGAUGUAGGGGACGUGGAUGGUCAAAGUGUCUGUUAUUCCACCUUUUCAGCACACUCAUGUCCCAAGGAGAAGGACCGGGUCCUGCGGACCUUGAAGGCACACGGGAUAGAGACAACAGUGGACCGCAUUGCCAAGAGGCAGAGGAUACACGAGUGGCUAGAACGUUCCUUGUCCUCCAGAAACCUCGGUGAUGAAGAAGAGCGAGCCAAGGAGGAACUACAGCAAAUAGAAGGAAUAGCAGGACAAGAAUUUCAAGUGAGUCGCCUCGCACGACGGUCACUGCCUACACAAGCACAGAGGCAGAGGAAUGAGGCGAUGCGGAAACAGUAUGAGGAAUUAACUGCUAUGACCGUCAGGAUGGUACAAGCAAAAGCUGCCACAAUGCAAGUCCCAGAUACCAAACCAACCAAUGCUCAAGACAACAAACUGAGGAAUGGUCAUGUUCUCAAACAACCUCAGCAACCCAUAACACAUCCUCAGGACCAAAUUAAUGUAGCACCCACAAGCAGCACCAAAACCUCACAUGUACAGGAGAUUGUUGCACAACAUAGAGUUCGGAACAAUAGCCCCUGCCUCGCCCCACACUCUCAAAGACCAAAGGGUGAAUCAGAGAGUCCACAGCUCAGCAGGCACGCACAGAGUCCUGUCCGAACUACCGAUGUGUCCAGCCUGAGAAGCCCACAGGCCAUUCGGCAUGACAGGAGACAAGUUCACAGCCCGAGCCUGAAAAGGACGACAAGGCUGCGUAAUCGGGGUGGACGAAAUUGGUCUAGCGGUACCACAGAGUGCGGCUUUGAGCUGCAGAGAAGCAAAACUGACUCCUACUUCAUCACAGGAUCCACCAAAGGCCCACCCUCCAGGCAGACAAGUCAAGAGAGUGACUCUUCAGACACCAGCCUGAACAGUCUACAGCCGGUGGUGCUACGCUAGCAACUCGGGGAGGGGCAGGGUGGGGUACCAUCCUACCCUUCUCACAUUGCACACACACCACUCAGCCAUUGUUCCAACCCCCAUAAUAAAAUUCAUGCACAUUGUCCUCAACCCUUACACUAGAAACACCACUUAAAAAAAAAAAUCGCUCACUCUCUCUCUCUUUCUUUUAGCAAGAAUCACCACUCUUCCUCUUACCCCAGACUGAACUAUCAUUACCUUUUUUAUGUUACAGACUCGAUGGCUCGCCCACUUAACUUUCAACUCCACAAAAACUUUCCUUUCUAUUACAAUGCAAGAAAAAACAUUUCUCAGCCAUAUUUACAUAAUAAUUGUUUUACUGAGACUUUCCUAUCUAGUUUGAAUUCAAAUAGUUUCAGAAAGAUGAUGACAUUGUUACAUUUUAGGUGUUUCAACUUGCCAGGGUUAUGAAGCAUCGGUCACUAGGUCUUAAUCCUCAUACCAGACAACUUAUAAAGAUUCUGUCCCUUUAAUGUGUAUAACAUGUACAUUUAUAUGUUGUUGUUUGUUGGGGUAUUCAGUUGCCAGGGUUAUCAUGCAGUCAGUGGCCGACUGGGUCAAAAAUUUCUACAGGGAAAACCUGUAAAAUGGCCCACUCAGAAGGGUCCAAAAUUGAAAUUAUCAAUAAGCGAUCUAAGAAAUUGAAAUGUGCUACUUGUUUGAAAUUUAUGUUGGAAAACAGCUUUUGUUCAAAUUAUGAUAGAAUGUAAACGAAAGUAGAUAUAAACAUCCGGUUUUCGGUAAAAAUAAUCCGGAAGUCUCGCCGAGAAGGUAAUUUCCGCCGGAAAUCUCGUUCUGCGAGAUUUGAGUCACUAGGCAAUUGUAAACACAUGGCGUAGUUUCAGGUCGCACUCGGGCGCAUUGGUACGGACCUAGUAAUUUUGCAUUCGGUUGAAUUAGAGCGGAUUGAGUCCGCCACUACAUGCAGUUGCUGUACCUUGGUCAUAAUUUCUUAAAUAACCGAUAAAAUGUUCAGUUAAUACAUACCCUGUACUUAGUAAACAGUGUAAGUUAUCAGGUGUUUCUAUGGCUGAUAUCUUUAAGUAACAUUCACUAUGCUAGUACAGUAUACAGUAGACUUAUUAAGAUUCAUGCUUAAUGAUCUUGGUUACUGAAGCAGAGAUACACAUGAAAAUUUACUGCCUAAGUUUUCAAAUAACUGUUGUCUGAUCUAUCAGCUGAUUUAAGGGUAGAGUUCGUGCUCAAACACCUCAGUUGUUGUAGACAAACGAAUAUAUAACAAAACAACAGAAUUAGAUUUCCAAAAUUGUUACAAAGUUAAUAAUUGUUAAUGAGAUAUUAAUUAAAACCACACUGUAUAGAAAACUUUAUAAAACCAUGACCUAUUGCACACACACGUCUUUACUAUUUUGUUCUACAGCAGGAAGAGUGAGUACAUACCCUCUCCACCAUACUCACAUAACACACACACACACACACACACACUGCCCUGCUGGUGCGGCCCACACUGCCUCACUGGUGCAAGUUUCACGGUAACAAAAAUAUUAAUUUACAAAGAUAAACCUUUACACACUUCUAUGUAAGUGUUCCCCAUCGGGUCUGUGACAAUUACAUACAGUAGUCCUUGGAAUGUUCACUUGGACUGAGGAUUUUUUGUUGUAGUGUUAUGGUGAAGAAAUUCUGCAAAAUGUACAUAAAAUGCUGUGUUUAUAUUGAAAUUAUCAUCAGUCCAAUUGACAUUUACAUAUUUGGUCCUGACCUCAGGUUCUUACAGAUUUGUAUGUUUCUCGAUCUGGAAACAAUGAAAACGUGUCUAACUAGUUCACUUUAAGCUACAAAACAAGUAUCAUCUCCCCCCCCAAAAAAAUUAAAUUAUAUAACAGAUACCAACAGUAUUACAAAUGUUUGAGAAAUUUAGAUAUAGAUAAACACCAUUUUAAAAUGCAAUAUUUGUAAUGAUUUUUUAUGAUAUAUCUGGCUA